ACCUUCUCAUUUCCUUUGACUCGCAUUGCGUUGAUUCACUUCAUCCCCCGUGCUAUAAUAUUCCAUUUUCGUCGCGCUGCCCCACAGAUCCCCGCCACCAGCAGCCGCAAUGUCUCACCAAACUGGGAGGGACAUCGUUUCUCAAGCUGAGUUGGAGGAUCUUGUUGCUGCGCGAGCGAGUCGCGACCCGGUUCCGAUCCUUAAGCACAAAGCGGACGCUGUCGUGAUGCGUCGCCUUAAGGACGUUGCUUUGCGAGGAUGCGAGGGCCAUGUUCGUACGCUUGCAGAAUGUUCAGAAGGUCGCCUGUUGUCUGUUGUCUGGCAUUGUCGUGCUUUCAGCAAGGCAGUCGAUCAGUGCAUGCGCGAAUAUGGAGCUGAUGAACAUCUGAAAGAUGAACUCCGCAGACGCCACGGCGCAAAGUAUCCCCGAGCCGUCAAAGGUUAUCGCGAAUCUUCAAAUAUAAUAGAAGAAAAGACGGAAGCGACUACAUAGAAAGGGAACGUGCAUCCGUUCUGCAAGCAUAACUCUGCGGCCUUGAAAACCAAAGGAGCAUCUAAGUUACAAGGUUUCGCUCGCAGCGUGUCUAGAUGUGCAGAGAACGAUGGCUACCGAGGUGACGCAGAUGUGAGGUCGCAGCGCUAUGGGGUGAAAAUUAUAGAAUCGCGAUGGGGAACUGGAUAUUCUCGAGGACACUUGUACAUUUUGCCAAUGUAGAAGUGUCGGGCAUGAAGGUCAUGAUUUCCCCAGCCUAUAGCAAGUGCGAGUAUUGUACUAAAUCUGAUUUAGGAUUUUAGAAUUUUAGAAACGAUACAGUUGCGUUUGCAACGCUAACCUAACACA